UAUGUAUAUGUCGAUUUUAUAUUUAAUCUUUUUGUGUUUUGUGGAAAAGCUAUGGUUGACACGUUGGUUGCUAAGACCAGAGCUUGGGAGGAGGAACACAGCAUGUUCUUUGCAUAUGAUGGUGUUCCUCUGCUAGCUAUGUUGGAUGAGUAUGGUGUGCUUAGGCAAGAACGAGAAGAUGAGAAACAGAGGCUGAGGGAACAAAAGAAGGUUCAAGAACAGCCGCCACACGUAGAGCAAGACACUGCGUUUAGCACCAGGCCAAGCCCUGCAAGACCGGCCAGCGCAAAGAAACCGGUGGGGGCACGAGGAGCUAACAACGGAGGAGCCAAUGGAACAACAAACAGGCGUUUAUCUUUGAAUGCAAACCAGAACGGAAGCAGGUCUGUUGCAAAGGAAUGAGGGAGAAGGGAGAGCCUCAACAGGCCGGCUGCUCCUACAAACCACGUUGCUAUUUCGAAAGAGGAAGCUGCUUCAUCUCCGGUUUCUGGUGCUGCAGAUCAUGUACCAGCUUCACCCUGAAGAUAAGAAAGGAAAAGAGCUCUAGUUUGUUUUUUCACUGUGUUUGUGAAAGUUUGUUUUAGGGAGAGAGGGUUCUAUGAAACCACCUGAGAGAAGACAAGAAAAGAAGACACUUGAGAGUAGAAUGGUGUUUUAGAAUGUGUAUGUGUGUUGUUAGUGUUGUU